AGUCCACCACUCGUUCGUUCCAAACGGAGAAGAGGAUCAGGUUCGUUCCAAGGGAAAGGAGAAGAGGGUCAGGAGAGAGAGAGAGAGAGAGAGAGAGAGAGAGAGAGAGCCCUUGCUCGUUCGUUCACCACCACAGCUCCGAUCGAUCCGCAAGGCAGGCAAGAUGUACAACGCGCCGUCGGCCCAGGAGAUGUCCUACUUGGAGCACGUGCAGAGGCGCCACGAGGAGAAGGGCUGCCUCUACGCCUGCAUCUUCACUGCGCUGUGCUGCUUCUGCUGCUACGAGACCUGCGAGUGCUGCCUCGACUGCCUCUGCUGCUGCUGCAACUAGCCGGGGCUAGCUCCGGAGGACGGUCGAGACGCAGCAGAUGGAGGUCGCCUCCGUCUCUUCUACCUACCUACCAAUCUACCUAGUGAUGAUGAUUCAGUUCCCGUUUAGUCUGGUGGUGUGCAAGUGCAAACAUAAUAACGCACGCAUGUCGUAGCGUAGUACAGGAGAGAUGUUUUACUCUGUCAGUUCCAGUUUGAGCAUUCGUAAACCAACCAACCAUGGUCUGAACUCU